GGAUUGCAUUCCGUUGCUGCGGGUAGCUGUGUGGCUGUUGCAGCCUGGCAGUGCCUGUGUGUGUGCGGCUGCACUGAGCGAAACAGCUUUGACAGCACCUAGUUAUACACAGAAAUGGCGGAGGGGGAGUUGGACGUUGACUCGUUGAUCUCCAGGCUCUUGGAAGUGCGGGGAUGCCGUCCCGGGAAGAUUGUGCAGAUGACAGAAGCAGAGGUGCGGGGGCUGUGCAUCAAAUCCAGAGAGAUCUUCCUCAGCCAGCCAAUCCUGCUGGAGCUGGAGGCGCCACUCAAAAUCUGCGGUGACAUCCACGGGCAGUACACAGACCUGCUGCGGCUCUUCGAGUACGGCGGCUUCCCCCCGGAGGCCAACUACCUGUUCCUGGGGGACUACGUGGACCGAGGCAAGCAGAGCCUGGAGACCAUCUGCCUGCUGCUGGCCUACAAGAUCAAGUACCCCGAGAACUUCUUCCUGCUGCGCGGCAACCACGAGUGCGCCUCCAUCAACCGCAUCUACGGCUUCUACGACGAGUGCAAGCGACGGUUCAACAUCAAGCUGUGGAAGACCUUCACAGACUGCUUCAACUGCCUGCCCAUCGCCGCCAUCGUGGACGAGAAGAUCUUCUGCUGCCAUGGAGGCCUCUCCCCCGAUCUGCAGUCCAUGGAGCAGAUCCGCCGCAUCAUGAGACCCACAGACGUGCCUGACACUGGGUUACUGUGCGACCUGCUGUGGUCAGACCCAGAUAAGGACGUCCAGGGCUGGGGGGAGAACGACCGCGGCGUCUCCUUCACUUUCGGCGCCGACGUGGUCAGCAAGUUCCUCAACCGGCACGACCUGGACCUCAUCUGCAGGGCGCACCAGGUGGUGGAGGACGGCUACGAGUUUUUCGCCAAGAGGCAGCUGGUCACCUUAUUCUCCGCCCCCAACUACUGCGGGGAGUUUGACAACGCGGGGGGCAUGAUGAGCGUGGACGAGACGCUCAUGUGCUCCUUCCAGAUCCUGAAGCCCUCGGAGAAGAAGGCCAAGUACCAAUACGGGGGCAUGAAUUCUGGGCGGCCCGUCACCCCACCCCGCACAGCCACCCCUCCAAAGAAGCGGUGAAGAGUGAGCGGGAGUGCGAGAGAGAGAGAGAGAGAGAGAGACGUGUGGAUGAGUGAGACUUCUGCAGUCCAUGCCGCAGGACAACACAAGACCUGAAGCAACUUGUGAUUUUUUUGAGGAAACACCCCCCCACCCCCACCCCCAUCGCUCACUGCUUUUUACCACACUGCCAAACCCUCCCCCCCCCCCCCCCCCAUCCAUCCCCGUUCCACCCUCGCCUGCGAGUGACCACGCCCCAUUUAAACAGGAAGUGUGUAAUUGCACCGAGCCAUCUUUCCGUUUUCACACCAGAGAGGGUUUCUGGGUAAAGCUUUUUUCCUCAAGACAGGAUGUGUACACCCCAGUUACUCGUACCGGUUCAGUGUUCGGUCACAUUACCCCCCCCCCCACCCCAUCUGUACAAAAGAACAGGUAACAAAGACAGAAUGCUGGGUUUUCAAUAAAUAACUUGGGGAAUAAACUUUGUGUAGGAUUUUUUUUUGUACAGUAAUAACUGUACAAUUAUAAUGACAACUGGAUGUGUCAGGUUUCUAAGUCAUACACAGGCUGUAAAUUUGGCCCCUCUGACACACAUAAAGGCUAGUCACACUCACAUGUACAGUGUGACGACCUGUCUGGUAAUAAGAAUCUGACCCAAGACAAAAACUGAAGGAAAACAGUCAAAUUAAGGGAGACAUUUACUUUUUCCAUUUACAUCACAAUUACUGCGCUUGUGCUGUGACAAACUGUGAAUUCAUUGUUUAUGUAGAUCAAAUGGUAAACAACCUUCCUUACAAAAAAAAACACACAUUCAAGUAAUGCUGUUUUAACAUCGUU